AUGAGUAAGCCAGAUAAUAUAGCUAAGUACAAAGGAAUCUGGAACAAUUUCAGUGCAUUCCAGAGUCUCAGUAGAGUAAUGAUAUAGAAAGUAGCAGAAUUACUCAAGAGACACAAUCCAAAAGACCAAUAUAAUCAUCCUAAUUUCUCUAUUAAGUUAGUAUUAAAUUUGGCACAUUUACUAGGACAAACACCAGUUAAUUACAGUAUUCAGAAUAAGUGCCUGAAAGCUACUCUGUAACCAAUUCAAAAACCAAACAUAGGGCUCCAACACAAAUAACAUUAAUAAGCCUAUUGA